GAUGAUGAUGAUGAUGAUGAUGAUGAUGAUGAGUGUCGCUGCAGACCAACUGGAGACAGAACAAACUGGGAGGGGAAACUAACGACCAGCAGCGAACUACAGGCGACAGGAGCUACAGGCGACAACUCUAAAACACUCCCAAGGUAGGUUUCCUGCAUCAGAAGUUGAAGAUGAGCGACACGAAUCCGCCCAAAGUUGAGCUCUUUGUGAAGGCAGGGAGCGAUGGUCAGAGCAUCGGCAACUGUCCCUUCUCCCAGCGUCUCUUCAUGAUGCUGUGGCUGAAAGGAGUCACCUUCGAUGUCACCACGGUGGAUAUGAAGAGGAAGCCAGACAUCUUGAAGGACCUGGCUCCGGGUGCCCAGCCUCCCUUCCUGUUGUACGGCAGCGAGGUGAAAACGGACACCAUAGGAAUCGAGGAGUUCCUGGAGGAACAUCUCUGCCCUCCGAAAUAUCCCCGUCUGGCCGCUCGUAACCCAGAGUCAAACACAGCAGGCAUGGAUGUUUUCUCCAAAUUCUCUGCUUACGUCAAGAACUCGAACCCUCAGCAAAACGAAAAUCUAGAGAAAGGCCUGCUGAAGGCUCUGAAGAAGCUGGACGACUUUCUUGGCUCCCCACUUCCUGACGAGAUCGACGAGAAUAGCACCGAUGAGCUCACUUCCUCGACCCGCCCCUUCCUGGACGGCCAAGAGCUUACUCUGGCCGACUGCAACUUGCUGCCUAAGCUCCACAUCGGGAAGGUGGUGUGUUUAAAAUACCGUAACUUCAACAUCCCUCAGUCUCUGACGAACCUCUGGAGGUACCUGAACGCAGCGUACGCCAGGGAGGAGUUUUCCUCCACCUGCCCGGUCGACGAAGAGGUCCACAUCGCCUACUCCUGCGUAGCUAAAGCUCUCAAGUAGGAGCACAACAGGAUGCACAAGUCAUUAAAAAAACACACACAUACACUCACCUGCGCACACCGAGCGUUCACUCUGCAAGCAACGUGUUCGACCCGUUUUCUCAAGAGGCAUUCAUGGCAUCUGCAUGGUAAUUUUUUUUGCAGCUUUAAAAGUUAUAAUGUCAGAACAUUCUGAUGAGUCGAUAUAGCUGGUUUACUAUCAUCAAACUAAACUCAUAGGUUUGUUUUUAGAGAUGUUUGUUUACGUAGUUUUCCUGUUUUUUUGUUUGCCACGUGGAUCAGUUGAUAUCAGGAGGUAAACAAGGAAGCACAGGAGUCAGAUAAGCUGAUGUUAAAACAAACACAUGCACACAAAAAAGCUGUGGCAGAAUUUAUUCCUGGACAUUCACCUCUGUAGAAUGAUUGAUCACGUUGCUUGCAGGCUCACACACACACACACACGCACACACACACACACACGUACACACACACACACACACACGCACUUAAAACUACAGCCUUGCUUGUGUACAGUUUCACCAUCACUAGAUACACACUGUAAAGUUGUAUCUAUUCCCUUCUUGAUGUUUUCUACAGUGUAUCUUUGUAUGGGAGGGAGUGGGGUGGGAAGGGUGUGGGGGGUAUUGAACAGACACAAAGCUGCCUACCAGAUCAAACUUUCACUAAUAACUUGCCAGCCUCACACAGACUGAUUCACCUCUUAUCUUCAGUCUUGUUAUAAAGGAAGUAGGUUGUGUUUUUUUAGGGUGACGAUGAUGCGUACCAGCAUCAGCUCGCCAGCCAAAGUGUUGUGGUUUGUCUGUAAACACAGAUGCUUCACAUUGAGAGAACUUGGCCUUUAACAAUUGAGGUUUAUAAAUAUUUUUUUUACUAAAUAGAUUUCUUUUUCUUCAUAGUGCUCCUCAGACAGGAAGUGGGGUGCUUUUUUUUUCGGUAGGCAGAG